AUGUCCUGGAUAUUCGUCACUUUUCAUAGAAUUCUGUCAGUAGUUGGAUGUGUACUAAACGCUAUGAUCUGUCAUGUGGCAGCUUGGAAAAGUCCUACAGUAAUCAAAACCUAUUCUAUAAUUACUGUUAACGUUGCAAUAACAAAAUUGGCGAUUUGUGUGGUUAACUUUGUGUUGCAGAUGAGAAUGAUUCCAAUGCAGAAAACAAUGAUUUUCGUAUCUUAUGGUCCUUGCCAAUGGUUGAACAACAAGAUUUGUUUUGAUCUAUACAGUAUUCUGGUCCAUGGAUACACUCAUACCAUCUGGCUACUCCUCUUAUCAUUCUGCUAUCGAUACUACGUCAUGGUGAAGGCAUUGAUUCUUUUCGUAAUUUAUCUCCCAUCAUUUCUUCAAAUGAUUCUUCUAUUCUUUGACUUCACUGACCCAUCCACUCUUCUGAAAAUCCAACAAUCCCUAGUCCCUCAAUAUAUUCUAAAAAAGAUGGAGUUCAAAGGAGUUGACUUGAAAUCGAAUACUAGAAAUUUACAGUUACAACUACUUCGUGUGCUAACAUUCCAAGCGAUCAUCCCUUGCUUCUAUCUAAUUGGAGUAAUCAGCUACUUCGUCUGCCGUUUGGAAUUUAUCAGGAUCCAUUUUUCGAGUAUCUCAUUUUCUCCGCAUUCCUUUUUGUUCCAGUACUUUCUCCAAUAUCUGCAUUCAUAUUUGUUACAACACAGUACCGGAAAUGGAUUUUGA